AUGACGGGCCAUCUCCGAACACCGAGGACUGAAAAGAAGUCCGAAAUGAAGCCGGUGGACGAGACUCACGUUGAGGCCUCCCGGCCCCAAUCGGAGGGGGAUCCCCUGCGGCAGAAGCUGCGCGCCCUGGGAUCAAGCUUCGCAAGCUUGGGGCAACAAGUGGACCAAGAUGCCAGGAGGCGUCGUGAGCUGGCUUCACACCGCUGCCAGGAGCUCCUGGUGGCUCUGGGAAAGCUGGAGCACGAGCUCACGGACGAGACCCACAAUCGCGAUAAAGAGUUGGCCGACUUGAGACAGGCGAUGGAGAAGAGAUUGGCCCAAAUGGUAGAGACCAUCCAAUCGAGGAUUUCUGACCGCUUCGCAUCAUUGCUCAGCACCCUGGAAGCCUUGGCUGAGAGGUGUGCCACUCUGGAGUUCGGCAUUCAGCAGUUUCGAGGAGAGCGGCCUUCCCAGCUGCAGGUGGAGAUGUCGAACCUGAGACAAAUGAUGCUGGGGCUCCACGAGGACCUUGCCAAGGAGCAGCCCCUGGCGGCCGAACAGGCCGCCCUUCUGCUGCAGCAGAUCGAGGAGGGCGACUUCAACAUUGAUGCAGAGUUGCAGAAGGAGCUCGUGCGGUUGGAGCGGCGGGGAGAGGCCUUGCAGGAGCUCAUCGAUCAGUUUGUAACGACACCGGAGGAUGCAGACAUCGGCCAGAAAAGGGCGUUGGUGCUGCAGCGUCUCGCAGCUUUACGGGCGGGCCUGGCGGAGGAGGUCGCCAAGCGAGAUCGGGCUGAUGAUGAGGUGGUGCAGGCCAUCAAUGCCUACACUGCGACGCUCCAUCGAAGCCUGAGUACAGCAAACGCCUAG